GAAUGCUGGCUCUGAUUUGGCUUGUUGGGAACACUACACUCUGGCUUUUCCCUGCUGAGAUCGGGGCUGGAUUGGAGCACCCGAGCGCUGCUGCGGCCUUCAGCUGGGAUCAGAGUGACCGCUGCACAGCGCGGCAGAAACAGAAUCACUUAGGUUGGAAAAGACCUCUGAGAUAAAGUUCAAGCUGUGACUGAACACCGCCGUGCCAAGCAGACCGUGGCACCGAGCGCCAAGUCCAUCUUUCCUCAAACACCCUCAGGGACAGUGACUCCAGCCCGUUCCAAGGCCGCGCUGGGAGCGGGAUGUCCCUGGCGCUCCUCCCGGCCGGCAGGGGGCGCCCGCGCCCCGGGCCCCGCGCCUCAGGGGCGGCAGCGGCCAUGGCGGACCGGCUGACACAGCUGCAGGACGCCGUCAACUCGCUCGCGGACCAGUUCUGUAACGCCAUCGGAGUGCUGCAGCAGUGCGGGCCCCCGGCCUCCUUCAGCAACAUCCAGACGGCCAUAAACAAGGAUCAGCCCGUGAACCCCACGGAAGAGUAUGCCCAGCUGUUCGCAGCUCUGAUUGCUCGCACUGCCAAGGAUAUCGAUGUUCUCAUAGAUUCCCUGCCCAGUGAAGAAUCCACAGCGGCUUUGCAGGCUGAGAGCCUGUACCGGCUGGAGGAGGAGAACCACGAGGCGGCGGCGCGGCUGGAGGAGGUGGUGUACCGCGGGGAUGUGCUGCUCGAGAAGAUCCAGAGCGCCCUGGCCGACAUCGCCCAGUCGCAGCUGAAGACGCGCAGCGGCACCCACAGCCAGCCCCUGCCCGACUCGUAGCGCCAGGGGGCAGCGCGGCCCUGCCGAGAGCCUCGGGAGCGCCUCUGGAUGCACCGGGAAUGGAUGGGCUGGCCCGGCGUCCCGCGGGGCUGGCCCGCUUCGGGAGCGGCGCCUUGGGCACAGCUCGGCUGCGGGUUUUGUGUGAGAAACGCUUCUACGAGGGCUCUGUUCAGGAUCUGCGUGCGUUGAUGUGUGUUUCCUUGACUUGAAAUGAGCUUUCUGUUCACAAAUACGACUUCAAUCGAAUUUGUUACAUAUUAGAAGCAUUUGUAUAAGUUAAUCCCACUAUGGUAUGUUUUUUUGUAAAUCUCAGGCACACAUGAGUUGUCCAGACAGUGCUGUGAAUGCAGUGAUGAUCAUUUCUUUUAAUUAACAGCACGGGUAAUGUUGAUUGGCUGGUUUACCAUCCUUUGCAGGACGUGUGAGAGGAUAAGUAAACUGAUUUUACAGAGUGAUUGUUCUUGUCAUUAGCAUUAUAUUUACAAAGAAAUAAACCUACAGGGGUCUGA